AUGAAGAUGCCCUUCCGCUCGUUCGAGUUCCUUGCUUCUAUUGCAGUUGUGACACACAUUACGGGUGCAGCAGAAAUUGCCCGCCCUUUGAUGAAAGGUGUCAACAUGAUGGACAAUGAUCCUCUCUCUGUCGCUGACCUCUCGGACGCUCCAGCAAAUAACGUGUCGAGAACACACAAUACCACACUUAAUGAAGAUAGAAUGACAGGGGGAGGCGCACCCGCCUUGCUAUGCGGUGUGCUGAAAAACGUUUUGUUCGAUUUGUAUCGCACCAGCAAGAACGUGCUCACUCCAGCAGGUCAGAGGGCAGUGAUAACAGCAGACGAGGAACUUUUGAAGCGCGCGGAAAAUCUACUAAAGGUGCAUGAUGCGGAUAAGGAUGUGACAUUUCCUGGAGAGAGUUCAGAGCUUGCGGCGGAACCUUUAGAAAAAAUCAUUCAAGUCUCUAAAAAACAGUAUUUUGCCGAAAGGCUUGAAACUAUGAAGAACAAGAUUGUGGAGUGGAUGCAGGACCAACCGCCAAGCGAGCUCCUCGAGGUCCUGGAUAAACACGGGUUCUUUGAACAUUUUUCCUUCGCGGACGUGCAUGCGUUGUCUGUCUAUCUUGACGAGUUCAAUGCCGAGUGGAAAACAGCUUACCCGAUCAGGGCUCGGAAGGUGCUGCUAGAGACCUGGCAAUGGGCUAGGUUAUCCAUCGAUCAGGUUGCUAUUAUGCUUGAGCUUAGCUCGUUAGGUUCGAGAGGCAUCACAUACGAGAGCCUGGAUACGUUUUUCCAGUACGUUGAACUGACAGAAGGGCAAACCUCUGAUGUAUUUUUGAUAGUGCUCACAUAUCUAAGGCGUGAGCUUGGUGGCGACGUCAAUGUCGUAAGGGCGAUUAUCCAGGGGAAAAAGGCAGGAGGUGAAUGUUCGGCAUCGUAUCUACGUGCUAGGUAUGGCGAUAUCAACAUCGGAUUGAGGCAGGAGGCGAUGGUGAAACACAACAAAUAUGCCGAAGAGUUUGAAAAAGAUCUGGCUGCUCAGUGGGUGAAAGAAAAGAAGACACUGGAAGGGGUACGCAAAAUUCUCGAGGAUGUGCCUGAUCGCGAACCAUCUGCCGUCGCAAUAGUGUCUACAGACACACACGACAUUAUGGCGGAGUUUGGUGCGUUGUUUGUAGACAGCGUCCUUGCUAACCUUAACGAAUAG